AUGAACAAUACACGGAAUCAAACGUCCGGCGGAGGUGGUCAACGACGAACGACGUCGAGUACAACAGGGAAUGGAACCGGAAGAAAUGCGUCAACAACGAACGGGUCGGGAACUGGAAAUGGGACGGGAACAAACACUUCUACCGGCGCCCGCAUUGCCGAGGCGGCACGUAGAACAGCCGCGCCUGCCGUUGACAUUAUCGCCGCCGGGGUCAACGCGCUGACCAGCGACACAAACUUUGACAACUCACCUGCAAAACCUGUCGCUAAAAAGCUAGCUCAAACCCUCGGGGACACUCGUUACGCCAUCGUGGGUGCCUGCGCCCUCGGGCUUUUAGAUAUCAACAUCAAGCGUCCCGUUCAAGACGUGGAGGUGUUUGUCCCUACUGGCCAAACCGCCAAGACAGCCACGGCAUUGUGUGCUCCUUCGAAUAACGGCUUCAAAUCGUCUUCCUCGACGGGCAAACUCCGGGUCUGGUACGAGAAAGAUGGCAACAAGGUCCCUAUUCUCUUCCGGGAGCCGGCAAGGCUUCAGCAAGACUAUCCUAACGCAAAUGGCUUUUUCAUGGUUGGAAAAGUCCGUGUCCUGAAGGCCUCACUGUUGUUAAACAUUCGGUGCUACUCGUGGUCGCAGAACAAUGCGAGUGGCAACAGGGAUAAACAAGACCAGGACGCCGCAGACAUCGACCACCUGCUGAAGUACAUUGCUUUGCAGACCAAGGAGGAACUUCCCCAUGCUACACCGCUGUUCCUUGUCAAGUUUGCUGCCUCCAAGCCAAUCGUCCAGGCAGGGUUCCGUUACAUUGGUACAUUCCUUGCUACAACCGCUGCAAUGUCUUCCCACGUCCCCGAGGUGCUGAUGAAGAAGGUCGACGAGUAUGUUGACUCGCUGGCGCCACAAAUCCAACCUCGCAUUGCCCAAGAACUGGACCUUUUUCAGCAGAAAACCAUUGACAGCCUUGAGGGACAGGUCGUCGAUGCUUUCCGUUCGCUUUUCAACAAAGACCAAGCUGCCACAGGUGGCCCUGCAGGCACCUCGAGGGGCCUAAACGACCGCGUCCCUGAUGCAUAUGGCGGCCAGUCGUUACCCUUUGCCGACGAGAUCGCCGACCUCACACGCAGUUUCACCAACAUCGCAGGCGGGGCGGGAGAUGACUUGCGCGACAUUUUCAACCUGACCGAAAACCGCGAGGCUUCGAGCGAGACUCGAUCCCGUGGGCCCGAGCCCAACGACAACCUGAACGUCAGGGGCUUCUUGUCCGCCGCCGUCCACGCAGUCCAGGACCACCUUGAAGUCAACAAGGGGUCAGAACGGCCGACUUUUCAACUAGACGGGCUGCUCGGCAUCCUUAGCGACACCGUGAAGGACGCCGCGCGCAACCCGGAAGAAAAGGCCCGUUUAAUCAGCCCCGAGAUCAAGGAGAAAGUCGGCGCGAAACUCCGAGAGCAACAUACCCCUAUCGCGGAGCAGUUCACUCGGAUUGCUCUCGACCACGUCAAACGCUGGUUGCGUGGAAACACAAGCACGCGGGAUCUCGGCGAUAGUGUCAAAGGGGAGAUCGAAGACCAAGUGAAAGACCUCGUCAAGGGACUCGGGGGCUUGUUUGGACAUAAGAAACAUCCGAGCCAAGGCACGUCUAGGGGUCUCGAAGAUCACGAUCGCGAUGCAGGGGACAAAGAGAAUGGUGGCGGCUUCUCCAAAGUCAUCAGCGAGAAGAUCAGCACAGGCCUUGCGAGAGUGCACAGGGAAGUACGCCUCGAGUUUCGAAAGAUUCUGGGUGGAAUCGAAAAACAACUUUUUGAGUUGCUGCCCGACCAGUUCCAAAAGCCGCUGGAGAAAAUACUCGGCGGCAAUCCAUUUGAUUCGCAACUCGACCGCGACGCACAGCCCCACGCCGACCGUGGGUUUGGCGACGACAUCAAAGCGAAACUCGUCAAUAAAAUCCGGGGUCUCGUGCGGAAGGUCCAGGAGACCCUACGCAGGAGUAUUUUGGGCGUCGUGAACGGCGGACACCGCAAAUUCGAGCGUGAAAGUUGGGUUUUUGUGCAGAACAUGGUGGAGCAGAAGGUUCAAAAAUACCUGCCCAAGGUCAAAAUUUCCGUUCCGGAUGAUAUCGGGAACGAAGGAGUGAGCGUGGGAGCGCCGAGCUCCAAUAUCCAACUCGGUGGUGGACAUCACGGUAACCCUCCUCCUGGGGUAAACCCCCCUCCACCUCAAGGAAGCCACUCCCCUCCUUCCCAUGGAAACUACCCUCCUCCUCCGUCUGGAAAACACGCUUCCCAUGGAAACUACCCUCCUCCUCCUCCGUCUGGAAAUCACGCUUCCCAUGGAAACUACCCUCCUCCUCCUCCGUCUGGAAAUCACUCUUCUCAUGGAAAUUACCCCCCUCCUCCCCAUGGAGGUUACCCGCCACCUCCUCCUCCCCCCUCUCAUCACCAGGAAUACAACACUGCACCCCAACAAGAAUACCGGCCUCAGCAGUACCAACCCCAGCAAGAAUAUCAACCAAGCCAUUACCAGCCGCGCCCGCAACAGCAUCCUCAGCAGCACCAAGCUGAUCAUCACGCCCAGCCGGACGAUUACCAGCCCCAGCUUUAUCAGCAGAACCAACAACAUGGGCACAACCCCGCAUACUAG